AACUUCCGGGUAAAGGAAAAAAAAAAAUUGGGUUGUAGGAGGGGCCGCGAAGAGGGAGUAGGAGGAAGCGGCCAGGGCCGGGCGGCGGCGGCGGCGGCGGUUGUAGGUUGUGCGACGGCAGCGGCUCUUCCGGGGUGGACCAUGGACAGCCAGGGCAGAAAGGUGGUGGUGUGCGACAACGGCACCGGGUUUGUGAAGUGUGGAUAUGCAGGCUCUAACUUUCCAGAACACAUCUUCCCAGCUUUGGUUGGCAGACCUAUUAUCAGAUCAACCACCAAAGUGGGAAACAUUGAGAUCAAGAAUAACAAAAAGAUGGAUCUCAUGGUUGGUGACGAGGCCAGUGAAUUGCGCUCCAUGUUAGAAGUGAACUAUCCCAUGGAAAAUGGCAUAGUGCGAAAUUGGGAUGACAUGAAACACCUGUGGGACUAUACGUUUGGCCCAGAGAAACUCAACAUAGAUACCAGAAAUUGCAAAAUUUUACUUACAGAACCUCCUAUGAACCCAACCAAGAACAGAGAGAAGAUUGUAGAGGUAAUGUUUGAAACUUACCAGUUCUCUGGUGUGUAUGUAGCCAUCCAGGCAGUUCUGACUUUAUAUGCUCAAGGUCUGCUGACGGGGGUGGUGGUGGACUCUGGAGACGGCGUGACUCACAUCUGCCCGGUGUACGAAGGCUUUUCUCUCCCUCAUCUGACCAGGAGACUGGAUAUCGCUGGCCGGGAUAUCACCAGGUAUCUCAUCAAGCUGCUUUUGCUGCGAGGAUAUGCCUUCAACCAUUCUGCUGAUUUUGAAACAGUUCGCAUGAUUAAAGAGAAGCUGUGUUAUGUAGGAUACAAUAUUGAACAAGAGCAGAAACUGGCUCUAGAAACCACAGUAUUAGUCGAAUCUUAUACACUCCCAGAUGGACGGAUUAUUAAAGUUGGGGGAGAGAGGUUUGAAGCACCAGAAGCUCUAUUCCAGCCUCACUUGAUCAAUGUGGAGGGAGUUGGUGUUGCUGAGUUGCUUUUUAACACAAUCCAGGCAGCUGAUAUUGACACCAGAUCUGAAUUCUACAAGCACAUUGUGCUUUCUGGAGGAUCUACUAUGUAUCCUGGCCUGCCAUCACGGCUGGAACGUGAACUUAAACAGCUCUACCUAGAACGAGUCUUAAAGGGAGAUGUGGAAAAACUUUCUAAAUUUAAGAUCCGCAUUGAAGACCCACCCCGCAGAAAGCACAUGGUCUUCCUGGGUGGCGCAGUUCUGGCUGAUAUCAUGAAAGACAAAGACAACUUCUGGAUGACCCGGCAGGAGUACCAAGAGAAAGGCGUCCGCGUGCUGGAGAAGCUUGGUGUGACUGUGCGAUAAACUCAGGGCCCAGCCCGCCACACCACUAAUGCUUUCUUUUUCCCUUUAUUGGCAAUCUUUGAACUCAUUCAACUCCAGGUCGUGGAAGAGGCAUCUCUGUGCCCUUUGACUGGAAAGGUCAAGUUUUAUUCUGGUGUCUUGGGGGAGCUUUGUUAAAUUUUUGUUCCUGUGGGUAAAUCUGGCUGCUUCAUGCAGCCACUUCCCUGCAAACAAAGCCGGAGGGUAAAGGGUCUGUGCCGCUUUGUUUCUUCUACGUGUGCUUUUAGAUCCCUGCGGUCCCUUCCUGUUUUCACUUUACCGCUCUAAUGUUCCUAGUUUUAGUAUUUAGCACAGUAGGUGGUGUGCCUGUAUUAGCAUAAGAAAAACUAUAGCCGCUUUUACACUUCCCGGCGGGUGGUAAGGGUGGGUGGCAGCCCUGGACCCCUUGGGCGGGGCGGUAAGGGUGGGUGGCAGCCCUGGACCCCUUGGGCGUCUCCUCUCUGCUGUGGCGCCUGCUUGCAGCAGGUGGUGCUGCAGCUCUGGUACCUUAAGGCUUCUGCUGUAACAUCCUAGGGCGAUCCUCGCUCAAAACUAAAGUGCUCCCGGUAGGUUACUUUGGGGGGGGGGCUUAGGGAGGUUUUGAUUAUGAUUUUUGAGGUUUUUCUGCAGCGCAGGGGUUGUGCAGAACAUGAGCUUCAGUUACAGUACUUUAAUUUGGCAGGUUUUCUUCUUCUGGUCUGCCUGGAACUGUUUCCAUAUCAUAUAACAAGUGUAAUAUUCCAUUACCUUGUGGCUUAGGGAUCUGUUUUUUUAAUUGACCAUGUUAGUUGGCACUAGAUUCCCUAGAAUCUAUCAAUGGAAAAGUAACAUUUAAAUAUGCUUUUAAAAAUAAAUAUUCUUUUAUUAACUCAAAUUACAGUGCUUAAGAGCUGGUGUUUUCUAGUAACCCAGCAGCCAGUACCAUUUCUUGCAGAUAAUUAUUUCAUAUAACUGAUCAGUGCUUAUUUAAUAAAAUGAGCAGUUACAUAUAAAUAAUUACUGGCAGUAGGUUUUCGUUGUUGGUUUAAAAAUUACAUUGGAAUGUGGGACUUGUUGCCAGUUGUAAUUUUCAUUUGCUUUUUGUCUGUUUUGAUUUGAGACCUACAAGCUAAGUAAAAUCUACUAUUUAAAAUAUUGGCCAAAAAGAAGAUUUAAAUAUGGCUUUGCAUUAAAAACAAAUCCUAAUUUCUAAUUCUCAGAUGUCCUUUAUGCUUGAAGGAAGAGUGGCUGGGAUUUUGUAAAUGUUAGCAAACUUUACUAUGUCAGAAAGUCCUAUGAAUCCUAUCAGUAUUGUUAUCUGAAAAAACAUUGAAUAACACCCAGACAUGAGUUUUUCCUAAAUUUGAGAAAUAAUAAGAAAUCACAUCAUGCUAAGUAUAAAAUGCAGACUUUUCUGUAUUUCAAAACAUUAUUUACUAAAGCUGGGUUUGAAAAGGAAAACCUUAAUUUUUUAAAUUAGAAAUUGGCUUGUCUCUUUUUGUAUGAGGAAAUUUAAAAAUUAGUUUAUAUGAAAUAAGCCAAGAGAAGUGUAUUUUUAAUUAUGUAGUUCUGUCAAACUACUUUUUCUCUGUUUUACCUCAACUUGAACACAGACGUUGGUGUGCAUGCUGGACAUGCUUCAGUACACGUGAACAACCCGUGAAUAAUGUCAGCUGGAGCUGGGGACAUGGCUCGCACAGCUCUUGGGAAUCUGAACGUGUUCCUGACUCACAUACAGGUCUUGUAGCUCCUGCAGACUCCUCCUGAGUUCUAGGUUUACUAAAGGACACGUGCUAUAUGGAGGACCAGUAUCUAUGACUAAUUCAGAUAGAUGGGUUGACUCGUGGUCUUUGGUCAUGACUUUAAAGUAUGGGUAUAAAAAACAACAAAGAAUGGGAAGAACUCUUAAAACAAUGAGAAAACGAAUUCUUGUUAUUUGCCCCACAGAUGUAGAAUUUGUUUUUAUUUCAUAAUUCAGCUAGCAAAAUGACAGUUCAAAUGGUAAAUUAAUAUAUGUGUGAUAAUUUAGAAAUUCCAUUUUAUAAUUUUCCUAUAUUAAAGUGAAAUAAUACAGUUAAUCAUUUGGAAAUUGGGAGGUGUUAUAUUCAAUUGAAAUUGUUAAGUAUGGGUGGGAUUGAUUUCUAUUUUAAAAGAGAUCUGAUUUUUGGAGACUGGGGAUUUAGCUCAGCGGCAUAAGCUCCUGCCUUGCAAGCAGGCAGUUGUGAGUUCGAUCCCUGGUACUGAUAAAAAGUAAAAGAGAUCUGAUUUUUAGCUCCUGAAAACCCAUUGUCACUUUCAUUCCAAUGAUAAUUAAAUUGCUUUAUUGUUAAAUUAGAAUCACCAAUACCUUGAAGGUUUCUUAGAAAACAUGAUACUGCCUGUAAACUUCUACACAGUUCUGAGUGAGCACUGUUAAUAUCCAGAAAGUACUUUGAGUGAUUGAUGGAAAGCUAAAUGUUCUAAAUUGAAUGCAAAUAUACUUCUUACUGAUUUAGAAAAUAAAAUCAGAUUUUUCAAAGUAA